UAAACAAGUUAAGUACGUGCACAUUUGCAUGCCUGCAAAGAGGAAGUUUCGAAAUACGAUUGAAAGAAGGUGUCAAGUGUUAUCUUUAUCAGAAGGCAAAGAGUGUUAAUAAAUGAGCGAAUGUUUGUGUUUCCUUGUAAAUAUUCGCAGACCGGUGGACACCGAGAUAUCAAUCAAUACUUAAUGUAUUGAUAUAGGAUGCGUUUUGAGUGUAUUUGAUAAAGAACAGAACUGUUGUAAAUUUUGUUUUAUCUGCAGAUCGAAAUAAGUGCAGUGUUAAACGCAGGUACAUUUAUAAAAUCGGACAUGUAACAAUACUCAUAAUAUUUUGGAUCAUUACAUUUGUUCUCAACGAAUAAUUACUUGCACUCAUUAAUCAAGUCAUGUUAAGUCGUAGUUUAAACGUUGCGCGGGGGUUAGGCAAGGUGAGCCCCGCACUAACACGAGGGAUCAAGCCCGGGGGUCAGAGGUUGGAUGACUGGGCAGGGUCGUGGAAAGUGGCACUCAAUAGAUGUCUCGCUUCAGCGGCGAGCGUGGACACUCUAGCAAAACCAGAAAUGUUUUGCUACCAGUGUGAACAGACCAAAUCUCGGCGUGGGUGUGUCAAGGUCGGUGUGUGCGGGAAGACGCCCGAGACGGCGGCCCUACAGGACCUUCUCGUGUACGCACUGACGGGCCUCUCCGUCCACGCCUCUCGUGCGCUUGAAAAGGGCCUCUGGUCCUCGGAGGAAUGCGAUAACUUCUUCCGGGGAGCCAUGUUCAGCACACUGACAAACGUUAACUUUGACCCAGAGCGGUUUCCGGAUUACAUCCGGCGGGCGGUUGAGUUCCGGGAAGAGAUCCGGCCCCUCCUGGAAGCCGAAGCUGUGCGGACUGGGACACCCCUUGACCCGGCGCUCAACCAGGGGCCGGCUGCAUGGCAACCCCUAUUCGGAUAUGACAAUAUUGAAUACUUGGAAAGCGAAGGCCAUAAGUUUGGAGUUCUUGAGGAACAGAAAGAAUACGGGCCAGAUGUGAACGGGGUCCGCUACAUGACCAUCUACGGGCUCAAAGGUCUGGCCGCGUACUCCGCACACGCAGUGGGGCUUGGAGAAUCCGACCCCUGGGUGCCCAGAUUUAUGUACCAGGCGCUCAGUUUUCUGGUGAGCGGACCGGAUGACAGACGACAUGACCUUGGUGCAAACCUAGAAAUGGCUCUAAAGGUCGGCGAGGUGAACAUGCGCGUCCUGGAGUUGUUAGAUCGCGGCCAUCGACGCCAGUUUGGCACGCCCAAGCCGACAACAGUCAGCACUCAACCAAUAUCCGGCAAGUGCAUCAUGAUAUCGGGUCACGACAUGGUGGACCUGUCUCUCAUACUUCCUGCCGCCAAGGCUGCGGACGUUAACGUGUACACGCACGGCGAGAUGCUCCCCGCGCAUAGCUACCCCGGGCUCAACAAACACCAGAACUUGGUUGGCCAUUUCGGCGGCGCCUGGCAGAACCAAAAGAUCGACUUUGCGGCGUUUCCGGGUCCGGUUCUCGCCUCGACCAACUGCGUGAUUGAGCCACUCCGAUCGUACAGAGACCGCCUUUAUACGCUCAACGAUACAGGGAUCAGCGGCGUCAAGCAUAUAGACCUCCACAAUCCCGAACACAUGGAGGCGCUUAUGCAGCACGCCAAAUCAUGUGCUGGAUUCGACGACAAGACAGCGGCAAAACACUUCGACAAGAAGUUACUUAUCGGUUUCAGCAGGGAGGCUAUAGUCGAGCAUGCUGAGACGGUUUUGGACGCUGUAUCCAAGGGUGACUUAAAGCGGCUGUUCGUCAUCGGGGGUUGCGACGGAUCGGAACAUAAGCGGAGCUACUUCACAAACCUUGCCAAGUCACUUCCGCCGCAGACGCUCAUUCUUACCAUGGGCUGUGCUAAAUAUAGAUUUAACGAUCUUGAUUUCGGAACGCUAGGAAACACCGGAAUUCCGCGCGUCCUUGACAUGGGCCAAUGUAACGAUAGUUACGGAGCGAUAAUGGUCGCCAAAGCGCUUGCAAGCGCCUUGAACACCGACAUCAAUAGUCUCCCUCUUUCGAUCUCGCUCUCGUGGUUUGAACAGAAGGCCGUCGCAGUUCUUCUAUCCCUGCUUAGCCUCGGAGUUAAGAACAUCCGGUUAGGACCGGUUAUGCCAGCCUUCCUGACCCCUGCCGUCCGUGAGGCGCUUAAAGAGAAUUUUGGCCUUGAACCCGUGGACAUUCGGCAUCCAAUAGAGGAUAUGGAGGAAAUGAUGCAUUAUGAUGAAAAUGAAAAUAUUAAGUAGAUGAAAUCUAUGACAUCAUUUUGGUUGGUUCUGAAAUACACACGUUCGUCGUGCAACACGUUCCGCACGUGUUUUUGUUGAGCGUAAAGAGAGCCUUUGUUAACUGUGAGCUAUUAGAAUAAUUUUGUACUUCUGUAAAUGCCAUGAAAUGUUGUUAAAACAUGUGCUGUAGUACUGUAGUGUUGGUGCAUAUGUUUGCUCGGAUGCACUAAUGUUUAUUUUGCCGGAUAUUGUGAUUAUUUCCAUGUAUAUGUUUAUAUAUUUAUAUUGUUAUUUAUAACGCUUGUUUGGUAAAAUAUUUGACGAAAAGUUAUGAACAAAUCCUCUUGUUCAUCAACACUUGAUCUACACACUACCUGUGCGAGGAGUCACAUGUAUGAACACUGUAAUAUACCUUAUAAAAGCUGCGAACAUGAUAAACAUAAGUCGAUCACAUCAUCACUGUUUUUUCUUCGAUUUAUUUAUUUUCUUCAUUGAAAAACAAACAAACUCAUUUUACAUAAUCAACAUAGGUGUGUUAAACCAGCACAAGAGCAAUAAAUUGAAAUUAUUUUUAUAACACUUUUUUUCAUAAAUUUCAAAAUAAUGAUUGCAUCUAAUCUAAUUUCCCAAGUCAAUUCCAAACCUGGAAAUACGAAAUAUUCUUGUUCUCUCUAUAUAUUCUGUUUCUGCCCAUUACAUUCUCAUACACGUAUAUAGACGACAUCAGGGGCAUAUUUAUGACAAUCAAGUUCUUUUGAUUACUUUUGUCAUGAUUUAUGUUGUUAUUAUUUUAAAAUUAUAUGAUGUUUUUAUUGAUACUGUCUUGUUACUGUUGUGCAGGCAGUGGAGGAUUUCAGUAUUCAUCAAGCUCCUUUUUUACUACCUUUACUUGUUAUCAGGGCUGUGAAUAUUUUAGGACCAGAUGUAUAAAAAAAAUAAUUAUAUAGAUUAUAUAAUCAAUUAAUGUACUUAGGUGAAGACUAACAACCUGUUACCCUCACAAGAGGUACUUUAUCCUGAGUACUCUUAACAGGAUUUUAUGUAAUUGUUACUAUGGAAAAUGUCUGUCUGUGAUAAGAAAAAUGUACACAUUUAUUAAGGUCUCAAAAUAAUUGUCUGUCCACACAAUAUAAAAAUUGACAGCUCAUUUCAUAAUUUUUUUGUUAUAGCUUUAGAUCAACCAAUACUCAAGAAUUUGCACAUGUGUACAUGUACAUAUACAAAAUCAAAGUAUACGGUUUAUUGUGUUUAUAUUUUUAUAGUUUGUAUGUUCAUGUCCAAAACAAAUGCCUUAAUGAAUUUUGUAUAUAUUUUGCAACAUUUGAUGUUGAUUUCUUACAAUGAAUGGCUUGCUUUUGACUAACAAUAUAAAAUUUAGUACAGAAAAUAAAAAUUUCUUUACCAUCUUUUAUUAUUGGCUUAUUUAAAUGACAAUUCCAAAAUAUUUAACUCAAAACAAAGCCACACUUGUUUGAGACGCUGCUAUCUGUUUGUUUUCAAUCUGGUUUGCAUUAUGCUGUGUAGGAGAAUACCUGAAAUAUCAAUAUGUAAUACGUUUGAUAUAAGAUUUAUAAACCAGUU